GCUAUAACAUUGAACAAGCCAGUUUGUUUUUUGGGUGUUUAUUGGACAUAAUUCAAAUUUAAACCACUAUGGAGGACCGGAAAGAUUUUACAAAGUUGUGUAGAUUGUGCUUGAAGGAGUCUGAUCGUUCGGAUUGCAUACUGGGAACAGGUGAUAACAAUGCCAUGGUCCUGCGAAUAAUGUUCAGUGUUUCAUUGGAGAUUCAUCCAAAUGAUAGCUUACCGAAGAUGAUUUGCUCUCAAUGCCAGUAUCAAUUAGAAAAGACGUAUGUUUUCCGCAGUAAAUGUCGCGAUAACAAUACUAAACUUAGGAGACAUUUAAAGCUUAUAGCCACCGGUAAAGCAAGUUCCUUGUUGGACGAUAUAGAUGAGGAGGAUGACGAAGAUGAGUUUGGACAAAGUUUGCAAUUCAUACGGACGUAUGAGCAGAAUAUUGAAUUGAAAAAACUGCGUGAAUGGGAUGCAAGAGAAGCCGCAUUGAGAGAAGAAUUUCAAAUCGAAAAAAAUGCUAUCUUAGAGGCAGUAAAAAAGAAACAUCCUGUUCGGCAAAUGUUAGAUGCCAGUACUAAUACGGAAAGUAUUGAAAAUAACGGUUCGAGUAUAAAUGCCGACAAUAGUGAGAUACUGGAGAAUCUUCGAGGCACGGAAGAGCAUGUUGAUGCAUCUGAAAUUAGCAUUGCCCCUCAAGAUUCCGCGUCUAAUUCAAAUUCCAUUGAAAUUAGCUUAAAUACUGACUUAACAGAAGAAAUGCAAUCUAAAAAUGAGGAACAUGUUCAAUAUUUGGAGGAAGAAGAAGAAGAAGCAGAAUUAAUGGAAGUGGAGGAUGUCGAUGACGAGGUGGUUUCUGGUUUUAAGCAAGAAUUACAGUCAAAUACUGAUGUUGCUACGUUGCAUGAGUUUGCGGGCGGUGAUCGAUUUGUUAUUACGAAUGUAUCCGAUUCAGAAACAUAUGUACUAGAAUCAGAGUUGGCACAAGAGGAGCAAAAUCUGUAUGGAAAUGAUUCCGAUGAAGAUUUGGAAGCAGUUACUAAUGCAGUAAAAGCAGAGCUGGCAGAACAACCUGGAUUUAAUAUAGGUGAAAAUUGUGUUAUGAAGGUCGAAAAAGAUCGGGACCUGACCAAAGUUGAAGUCCGGGCAAAUGACGGAUCGAUUAUUUGCAUGGAAUUCAGUACGGAACCAGCACAAAAGUCACCGACAAACUCUCUUACUGCGGAAGUGCAGAGUGUGUUCAAGUGCUCGUAUUGUAGGCUUACCUUCAAGGACCUUAACCUGUUGCAGAGUCACACUGAAACAGCGCAUUCAAAAAUGUCAAAGGGACAUAGUUGUGAUAUCUGCGAAAAAUGGUGCCCCACUAAAAGUUCAUUUGAGCGUCAUUUUCGAAUACAUACAGGAGAGAAGCCAUUUCUCUGUGGAGAGUGUGGUAGAGGAUUUGUUCAAAAGGAAGUUUUGAAACGUCACACGUUGGUGCAUACGAACGAAAGACCGUUCUCCUGUGAUCAUUGUCCGAAGCGCUACAAUCAGAAGGAUCAACUUUUACACCAUAUCAACGCCUUUCAUACGGAGAAUCCGAUUGUAACGAUACGCAAAUGCGGCAUAUGCGCCAAAGAGUUCAAGUAUGCUUCGGGGUUGAGCCGACAUCUGGCAACGCACUAUGGUCGUACAUUUCCUUGCUUCUGCGGCCGCGUGUUUAACGAUAAAAGUGCGUUAAAGCGUCACGAAAUUACGAUUCAUGGCAAAAGUGGUAGCAAAAAUGGUAAGGAAAAAACUGGCAAUUAGUAUUGUUGGUUUAUGCUAUGGUGAUAUCACAGAACAAAAGUGGAAGCUGAAAUCUAAACACCUACACGCCACCUUCUAUAGAUACAAAAGCAAAGCAGAGCCUAGGUGCUACAUUCCGUUUUUCGAAACUUGACCUUCUGUUUUUAUUCGACAGACUUCGCAGCCAGCUGUGAGACGACUGGCUUACUUUCUACAGAUACAGGACGUUUUUUCCAAAACACGAACGCACAGGAAUGCAUAUAAAGGCAUGACACGAUGACGGAGUUCCACGAUUUCUUUUACUCUCAUGCAGUUCGCAUAUGGUGUAUGAGUGCAAAUCUGUGCAUUUUUGGCAAUACCGUAACUUCGCCAAUGCGAAAUGCUGUUGUUCCUUUCUAUGCGAAUAGCUUCCCAAAUCGAAAGAGACUGUUACAACUCUUGAUCGCCGCAUCGUUCGAACUUCCACUUUUGUUCUGUGGUGAUAUGUUCAUGCAUACAUCAUCGCUAGUUUUAGUUUUGGUUUUAUCACAAUUAUUUAAGAAUAUAAAUAUGUAUUCAUCAACUGUAACAAUCCUAUAAAGUUAGUUACCUACUUGGUAUACGUUAAGGUCGAAUGAAAGAAAGUCAAUAGUUUUCAUGACGAUUGGUUGCAGUGGUUUAGUAGCUAGUUAUGCAUUGUAAAGCCAUUUAAUUUUAUUUGUAAAAAUAAAUA